AUGAAGGACGCCCCCUUGCUCCAUGUACGCGACCUGCACAAGCACUUCCCCGUUGGUGCGAAGGGUCUGUUUGGUGGUCACAAGCAACUGCUCAAAGCGGUCAAUGGCGUGAGUUUCUCAUUGGAGCGAGGCCAGUGCAUGGGGCUCGUGGGCGAAUCGGGUUGCGGCAAGUCAACCGUCGCACGCGCCGUGGUCGGUCUGCACCCGGCCACCUCAGGCUCGAUUCAAUUUGACGGAAAUGAGUUGGUUGGGCUUCGGGCGCGCGGCUGGUUGCCAUACAGGCGCAGGAUUCAGAUGAUCUUCCAGGACCCGUACGCGUCUUUGGACCCGCGCCAAACGGUGAGUUCGAUCUUGAUGGAACCGAGCAAGAUCCACGGCCUGUCUAAGCCCCGCGAGCGCAAGCUGAACGCGAUGCAACUGCUCGAAGCGGUGGGGCUCAAUCCGCGGCACAUCAACCGCUACCCCCACGAGUUUUCCGGCGGCCAGCGCCAACGCAUCGGUAUCGCGCGCGCUCUAGCGUUGGAGCCGGAACUUUUGAUCUGCGACGAGCCCGUCAGCGCGCUCGACGUUUCUAUCCAAGCCCAGAUCAUCAACCUGAUGGGUGAACUCAAGGACCGGUUCAACCUCUCGUACUUGUUCAUCGCCCACGACCUGGCGGUCGUGCGACACAUCUGUGACUCCGUCGCCGUCAUGUACUUGGGUCGCGUUGUCGAGCAAGCUUCUCGGGAUGACAUCUUCAAGGACCCGCGCCACCCCUACACCAAAUCACUGCUAUCAGCGGUACCCGUUCCUGACCCGGAAGCCGAACGCGCCCCGCGAACGCAUCGUUUUGGAAGGAGACGUCCCGUCUCCCUUGGAUCCCCCUCCUGGGUGCGCCUUUGCUCCGCGAUGCCCAUGGCGCCACGAGGUUCCUGGGGACCGUUGCAAUACUGA